AUGGCCGUGCGCCGCAGUGGGAAGUCCUUCAAGCCUUCUGCUGAGCUGGAGGAGCCCGAGCCCAGCAGAAAGCAGCCGGGCACGUGCCCCCGCUCGGUGAUGGCCAGAGCAAAGGCAGACCCCAAGUUUGGGGAGAUCUUCCGCUUCGACACCCCCGUGCUGAUGUGGGACCAGCACUUCACCCCAGAGACCUGGGACAGGCUGAAGACGCGACACGUCCCCUACGGCUGGCAAGGCUUGUCCCACGCAGCGGUGGGCAGAACCCUCCGGCUCCUCAACGCCUCCGCCAACAGGCGCCUCUUCGACAGGGCCGCCUUCCCCGGGGGCGCGUUGGUGGGCAACGGCGGCAUCCUCAACGGCUCGCGGCAGGGCAAGGCCAUCGACGCGCACGACCUGGUCUUCAGGCUCAACGGUGCCGUGAUCAAAGGCUUUGAGGAGGAUGUCGGGACCAAGAUCUCCUUCUAUGGCUUCACAGUGAACACCAUGAAGAACUCCCUCAUCGCCUACGAGGAGUAUGGCUUCACCCAGAUACCCCAGGCCAAGGACCUGAGGUACAUCUUCAUCCCCUCGGAUGUCCGUGACUACGUGAUGCUGAAGUCGGCCAUCCAGGGCAACCCGGUACCCGAGGGCUCGGACAAGGGGGACAAGCCACAGAAGUAUUUUGGACCGGAGGCAUCUGCAGAGAAGUUCAAGCUGCUGCAUCCUGAUUUCUUGCAGUACCUGACAGCGAGGUUCCUGCGGUCGGAGCUCCUGAACACGCAGUACGGUUCGCUCUACAUGCCCAGCACCGGCGCCCUCAUGCUCCUCACCGCGCUCCACACCUGCGACCAGGUCAGUGCCUACGGGUUCAUCACUGCCAACUAUGAGCAGUUCUCAGACCAUUACUACGAGCUGGAGAAGAAACCGCUGGUGUUUUACGCCAACCAUGACAUGAUGCUGGAGGCGGCGCUGUGGAGGAGCCUGCACCGAGCAGGGAUCAUGACCCUCUACCAGCGGUGA